UCUGGUUUCCAUUACUAGAGGCAAUGAUGGCCCCCCAGAAGCUGUCCAGUUCCUCUGCACCUCAUCUACACUCUGAAGCUUUGAAAUCUUUGACCAUGCAAGUUCUGAACAGCAUGGCAACAUUUAUUGCCCUUCCAUCAAUCUUGCAAAGAAUCUUACAGGAUCCAGUUUAUGGAAAGGGAAAACUCGGAGAAAUCCAGGGACUUAUUUUGGGAAUGUUAGAUACCUUUAACUAUGAACAAACUCUGCUGGAAACAACAACUAGCCUUCUAAACCAAGAUCUCCAUUGGUCAUUGUGUAAUUUGAGAGCUUCGGUCACUAGAGGACUGAAUCCCAAACAGGAUUACUGCUCUAUAUGUUUGCAGCAGUACAAGAGACGCCAAGAAAUGGCUGAUGAAAUUAUUGUCUUUAGCUGUGGUCAUCUGUAUCAUUCAUUCUGUCUACAAAACAAAGAAUGCACCAUAGAAAUUGAGGGCCAAACAAGAUGGUCAUGCUACAAAUGCAGCUCAAGUAACAAAGUAGGAAAACUAAGUGAAAAUUCAUCUGAAAUUAAAAAGGGGAGGAUAACCCCAUCACAGGUGAAAAUGUCUCCAUCAUCUCAUCAAUCCAAAGGUGAUCCUGCUGCUAAGAAGGCAACCUCAGAACUUGUUCUGGAUCCACAGCAAGUCCAAGCAUUUGAUCAACUUUGCCGUCUGUACAGAGGAAGUUCCAGGUUGGCUCUCCUUACAGAACUCUCUCAGAAUCGCAGCAGUGAGAACUACAGGCCAUUCAGUGGCUCCCAGAGUGGUCCUGCUUUCAACAGCAUCUUCCAGAAUGAGAACUUCCAGCUGCAGCUCAUUCCCCCUCCUGUGACUGAGGACUGAAGCCUCCUGGGGCCUGACCCUGGCAACCCAGAGACGAUCCCAAGACAGCUGGGGCUAGGCCCCUUUUCUCUGACUAGCUUGGCCUCCACUGCUUCCCACACUUCUAGGCAGAGGUUCCAGGUUGGACUUCUGUGCCCAGGGCUUCCACACCCACCAUUCCCAAUGGACACUCCUGUCUCUUCCAUAGGAUUGUCACAGCAUCAGUUCACCAGACUGGUUGAUUCUGUUUUGCUUGUUAAGCAAAGGAAUGCCACAUACCUCCAUCCAGCUUUUUAGGAAAUACAUUUUGUCUUUUGAGACUUUUUCUUGUUACCCCUGAAGCCCAGAGAGUAGACGGAGCUCAUGCUGAUGGCAUUCAAGAGUCUGUCAUGCCACGUCUCCUCAGCUGGUGAGCAGCAUGGAGGAAUUUCAUCUUCAAAGUGCUUGGCCAGGCUGCAUUAUAACUGAAACAUGCAUUGGAGAGAGCAAAGAACCUACGGGGGCUGGGAACAACUCCCUUUUGAUGUGUUUAUGUUAACUUUUAACAAUAAAUGCUUCUGUGUUUAAGUUCUGCA